AAUCCUCCUAUUUUCCAUGUUGUGCCUCUAAUCUAAGCUUUAGUUUGUACUCAAAAUUGCGGCAAAGAAGGAUAUGGAACCACUGCUCUACCGCUGAAGAUUAAUUAUAUAUAUAAGGUUAGGAUAAAUUGUGGCACCAAAUUUUUCCGGCGGAAAAAUAGUUAGGGUUUAGUCUAAGGUACAUGAACUUGGGAUAAACAUGGGUAGUUAUUAAACCUAAAAUUAAAAAUAUACUUUUUUCGAUUGAAUAAAGAAUUGAGUGCUAUUAGUAAAUAUUCGCUCAUAUUAAUAUUUGAUCCUUCCCCAUACACGUAGUACACAUCUAGAGUCAGCUGGCGUUUGGCUUUACUAAGCAAGGUUUUUCAUUUUAAAUAUUUUCGUUAUUUGUGAAAAUGGUAAAGAAAUUACUAAGAUAAAGAAUAAAAAGUUCAACUCGUUCCUACCAAAAAUAUAAGAUAUCAUAAAUCGUGUUAUUAAUGGGGAUAAUUAUUAAGUGGCCCAUUGAAGCAUUAAUUCGGCCAUCAUUCCCAGUAGGGUUUUGUAAUCUACGCCCUUGGUUCCCCAAAAUUUCCAGCAGUGACAAUGACGUCGGAGGCAGACCCACCAUUGACGUCAGAGGAAGUCCUAGUAUUGACGUCGGAGUCAGUCCAAGAAAACGCUGGUGCCGGAGCCAGUCACACCACCCAGGAAGAUAAUGUUGCCGAUCUCAUAUUUCUACAGCCUGAAGAUAUUAAAAAAAUGAAGUUCGAUGAUACACAAGAAGCCUAUGAUUUCUACAUGGACUACGGGUUAGUCAAAGGCUUCGACAUCAGAAAAUCAGACAUUGGUCGUGAUAAGAACAAAGUUAUGAUAUGGCGUGACUAUGUAUGCUCCAGCGAGGGAAAGAGGCGCAUGAAGAGCACAUAACGAAAGAGAGAAGUAAGAGGGGAGGCCAGAUUUAACUGCAGAGCCAAGAUGCGUGUUAAACAAGACAAUGUCGAUGGGAAGUGGUAUGUGCACCAGUUUGAUGAUGUACACGCACAUGAAACGAUCCCUAGAGAAUAUAGACACUACAUGAAAGGGAAACGUCGUAUGAGUGAUGCAGUCAAAGCAGGGAUAAAUUUUAGCAGAGCUGCAGGUAUGAAAACUUCUCAAAUUGUGAAUCUGGCCGUAUCGGAAGCAGGAGGCUACGACAAUUUGGGGUACACGAGGAAGGAUGCAUACAAUUAUGUGGACAAAGAGAGGAAAGAACAAAUCAGUGAAGGAGCUAAAUGCAGCGCGGACGAGCAUUUCAUUAUUGAACUAAAGAAGGAUGACGACGACCGGCUUAUUAACAUUUUCUGGGCCGAUAAUAUUUCUGUUGCUGAUUAUGAAUGCUUUGGAGAAUUACUGUCAUUCGAUGCUACUUACAAAAGGAACAUUUACCAGAUGCCUCUCGUGAUUUUUUCAGGUACUUUUCCUUCACACAUAGAAUUAUCCCGAGCAUGCUAAAAUAACACUAGAAGUUUGCA